GAAUAUCUCAAUUUUUAAAAACGCUGUCAUUCCUAAUUUUAUUUAUAUAAUCUUUCUCUUCUCAGUUUAUAUUUUCCUUUCUUGUCUGAAAAAAGGAAGGAAAGAGAAAAAGAGAACGAAAGCUAGAGAUUUUCUGAGGAACAGAAAAGAAGAAGACAGCAAUGGCGGAUCAACUCACUGACGAUCAGAUCUCCGAGUUCAAGGAAGCUUUCAGCCUAUUCGACAAGGAUGGCGAUGGCUGUAUUACUACCAAGGAGCUGGGAACUGUGAUGAGGUCAUUGGGCCAGAACCCAACUGAGGCGGAGCUUCAGGACAUGAUCAAUGAGGUCGAUGCUGAUGGAAAUGGAACCAUCGACUUUCCCGAGUUCUUAAAUCUGAUGGCAAGAAAGAUGAAGGAUACUGACUCUGAGGAGGAACUGAAGGAGGCCUUCCGAGUUUUUGACAAAGACCAGAAUGGAUUCAUAUCUGCUGCUGAGCUGCGCCAUGUCAUGACAAACCUUGGAGAGAAACUCACUGAUGAAGAGGUCGACGAGAUGAUUCGUGAGGCUGAUGUUGAUGGUGAUGGUCAGAUAAACUAUGAGGAGUUUGUCAAAGUUAUGAUGGCGAAGUGAUGAACUAUUCAUGCCAAAUGAACUUUACCGCCUCGAAAAAGAAAUUAUAAAAAGAUAAAAAAAAAAUUAAAAACAGAGUUGAUAUUUCAAUGGAUUCCUAUUUUUCCUUUAAUCUCAACCUUUUAUCUUAUGGUUUUUGUAAUCAAGCCUUCUAUAGAAAGUAGUCGGUCCGUGGUGGAAUUGAUGGUGUUAUUCAGUCUUUGGUCCUUUGUGUCAUGUGACAGAAUGUGUCUUUGGUGUUCUAAUUUAUUUUUUUUUCCCUUCCAUUUUGUGUUCUCUUGUGACUCUUAAACUACUUAUGAGGAUUCCAUGUCAAUGUUGAUUGGUAACUUAUAUUUAUUA